UAAAACUUGUUGAGUACUGUGGCCAGCUAGAACAAAGGAAUGGAUUCUGUAGCAUUUCAGAUCUGGGCAACCCUCUCUUUUCUGGUCCACCUUGCAAGCUCUAGUCCCAUCAUGAGCCUAGAUGUACCUCUUUUGGAGGAAGACAUGCCAUUUUUUGAUGAACAGGACGCGCUGCUUCAAAAUUUGCAAAAUGCAUUGCUGAAGGCACUUAACCUCUCCGACAUUCCCACACAAGAAGCAGCCAAGGUGGACCCUCCAGAAUAUAUGUUAGAGCUCUAUAACAGGUUUGCCACCGAUAAGACAUCUAUGCCAUCUGCCAACAUUGUUAGAAGCUUCAAAAAUGAAGAGCAGAUUUUGUAUCCUGCCCACUUUAAUGGAAUACGGAGAUACCCUCUUCUUUUUAACAUCUCUGUCCCUCACCAUGAGAAGAUAACCAUGGCUGAACUGAGGCUCUACACCUUGGUGGAAAACGAGAGAGUGCUUUACGGUGGUAUGAACAGGAAGGUCACCAUUUUUGAAGUGCUGGAGAAUGAACAUGGAGAAGGGAAAAAGAAAGGAGAGAAUAAAAGGAAAGUGCUGGCAUCCAGACACAUCCACAGCACUGACAAUGAAUGGAAAACAUUUGAGGUCACAGAGGCCAUCAGGAAAUGGCAUCACUCAGACUCAACCACUCAUCGGCUAGAGGUGCAGAUUGAGAACAGAGGGAGAGAGGAGCCUAACGGACAAGGGAAAGUAGAUAUAGAUAUCAAUGCAGGGGCCAAACACGAGCCUUUGCUCAUUGUAUUUUCAGACGACCAAGGCCACGCCAAGAAAGAGGAGAGGCUUGAAUUGAAUGAGAUGAUAGAGCAUGAGCAGAUGCAAGAUUUGCAGGACCUGGACGUGAAUGAUUUCUAUACCAGACCUAGCGAAGAGAAGCUUCUUCAGAUAAGGUCCAACAUUAUCUACGACUCAACCUCCCGCAUCAGAAGGAAUGCCGGGAGCAGCUGCAAAAGGACUUCGCUCCUUGUAGACUUCAAGGAGAUUGGCUGGGAUUCCUGGAUCAUUGCUCCACAAUCCUAUGAAGCAUACCAGUGCAAGGGAGCAUGCUCUUACCCUUUGGAUGAUCAACUCACAACCACCUAUGCCAUGGCCCGGACUUUGGUUCACUUGAAUGAUCCCCAGAAAGCUUCUCCAGCCUGUUGUGUACCCACCAAGCUAGCUCCCAUCUCUUUGCUUUACUUAGAUAAAGGUGUGGUUACCUACAAGCUAAACUAUGAUGACAUGUCAGUAUUGGAAUGUGGCUGCCGAUAG